UGCGCCUGCCGCCUGCCGCUGCAUGCCUCCCGCUCGCCGCUUUCGCUGCAGCCGGCACGCAGCCCACCCGAGAUAGCAGCACGCUCCAGCAGCGCAGCGUUCCGCCAGCACCAGAUGCAUGAAUCUGCUUGCAGAGAAGCAGCAUCAGUUGCAGCAUCAAAGAGGUGACUGAGGCGUCGGCUGCGGCGAGUGCGAGGGCUAGCUGGGAGGAGCCGUGAUCCACAGGUGCCCGCCGACACAGCGUGGGAGCAGAGGGCGGAGAUCUGGCGGGGCGGCGCCGGUGCAGUUCAUGUCGCGGAGCUGCCUGCACGCGCGCUGAACGCUGCAGCGGUUGAGUCGAGGAACAGCCGCGCUUGCUCCUCCUUCUCGCCCACAUCCCUGCACUCUCCGCGCCCGCCAUGUCCCAGUCACCACUUGUCGACCCGCCGCAGCGCGGCACGCUCUCGCUCGCGUACCGCCGCAGCGUGCUGGCGCUGCAGUCCGCCGUCGGCUGGGACUCGCAGGAGGGCGAGACCGCCGAGCGCGAGGGCGACGCCGGCCCCAGCCGCAGCGCCACGGCCGGCCAGGGCCAGUACGGCAGCGUGCUCGACCUGCCGCCGGAGCGCCGCGUGCCGCGGCCCAAGGCUGUCAAGAGCCAGGUGCGCGUCGAGGCCAAGGUGUGGUUCGCCAACGAGCGCACCUGGAUCUCGUGGCUGCGCGUGUCUGUGCUGCUCGGCUCCUUCUCGCUCGCCCUCUUCAACUCGUCGUCGUUCUUCGAGCACCACCGCACGCCCGACAUGCCCGGCGGCACGCCCGGCCCGGAGAUCCCGCGCGGCCCCAACCCCGACACGGUCCGCACCUUCGGCCUCGUGUACGCGCUGAUCAGUGUCUCGACGCUUGCGUGGGGCCUGUUCAGCUACCAGCGGCGCGUGACGAUGAUCAAGAAUAAGUGGGCGGGCAGCUUCGACGACCUGAUCGGCCCGCCGGUUAUCUGCGUUGCCCUCUUCAUCGCUGUGCUGCUGAACUUCAUCGUGCGGGUGCAACAAUUCAACGCGCUCUGAGCGUCUCUGCGUCUCGAGUGUACCCGUUGGCUGCGUUUUUCGAAUGCAAGAUCUGUGUAAUUUCGGCUUAUGCGCGGCCGGCGCAGGCGUCGUAUGUCAGGACGGCGUCCAGGAUGACCUGCGCGCCGUCCGCGCUGGAAUGGCGGACGCGGCACGUCAGCGCAGCAUCGUCCUCGAUCAGGUGCGCAGACUUGCCAGGCUUCGGGGCUCGACCACUCGCGU